UUUCGUCAAGUGCCUUCACCCACCCGCCACAUUGUAGCGUAAAAUGGCGCGGCAUCCCAUAGCGGAGGCCAACGAGCAGAGCCCAUUUGGCUCGUUGACACCGGAGGAGUUCCACGCACGCCACUCGGUGAGUCAUUCCUCCGAGUUCAUCACCAACGCUCGUGGGCUCAAGCUCUUCACUCAGUGGUGGACUCCAGUGGACGCCCCGGUGAUCGGUAUCGUAGCUGUGGUCCACGGCUACACCGGUGAGUCCAGCUGGCUCAUUCAGCUGACUUCCGUUCUUUUCGCCGAAUCAGGAUUCGCCACGUGUGCUAUCGAUCACCAGGGCCACGGUUUCUCCGACGGUCUCGUGGCUCAUGUGCCGAAUCUCGACGACGUUAUUGACGAUUGCAUACAAUUCUUCGACUCCUUCCGUGCGCGCUAUGCGCCGGAUUUGCCAGCGUUUCUGUACGCUGAAUCGCUGGGAGGCGCUAUUGCGCUUUACAUCACGCUCCGUCAAAAGGGCGCGUGGAACGGAUUGGUACUUAAUGGUGCCAUGUGUGGCAUAAGCGCUAAGUUUAAGCCUCCGUGGCCGCUGGAGCACUUCCUAUUCAUAAUCGCGAAGCUGACCCCCACGUGGAGCGUGGUCCCAACGCGCGGAUCCUUGCCGGAUCUUUCCUUCAAGGAGGAGUGGAAAAGAAAGCUAGCAAUGGCGAGCCCAAAGAGGCCCUUCAUGAGGCCACGGGCCGCCACGGCAUACGAGCUAUUACGUGUGUGCAAGGACUUGCAGGGGAAGUUUGAGGAAGUGGAUGUGCCGCUGCUGAUCGUGCACGGUGAAGAGGACGUGGUGUGCGAUCCAGCCUGUGUGGAGGACCUAAACCGACGCGCCAGUAGCCGGGAUAAGACGAUAAAGAUUUACCCCGGGAUGUGGCACCAGUUAGUCGGGGAGCCAGAGGAGAACGUGGAUCUGGUCUACGGUGACGUCCUGGAGUGGCUUACGAAUAGAGCUUCACCCGCUGCGCAGGCGAAUGGUUAGGUAGCGGCCGCCGCGCCAUAGACGGUGGCUCUGCAUAGAAUUACUCGUUAUUCUCGAUGCUAAAGAUAUUGUGGUAUGUAACUACUAAUGGCAGUAUGCCAUGUGUCUGUACUCCAUCUCGUAAUAUUUUUCAAUAAAAAAUAAGUAUAUUUCUCUUCUACAUUUGUAUCUUAUUAAAGAAUGAUUCUUUUC